AUGGCCUCAGAAGCAGAAAAAACAUUCCAUCGAUUUGCUGUCUUUGGAGAAUCGUCCAGCAGUGGCAAUGAAAUUACCAACAAGAACUUCUCCAAACUCUGUAAAGACUGUGGCAUCAUGGAUGGCAAGGCAGUGACCUCCACAGAUGUAGACAUUGUGUUCAGCAAAGUGAAGGCCAAGAAUGCCAGAACCAUCAACUUUCAGCAGUUUAAAGAGGCAAUGAAGGAACUGGGUCAAAAGCGCUUCAAGGGGAAGAACCCAGAUGAGGCUUUGGAAGAUGUCUUUAAACUCAUGGAAGGCAAGGACCCUGCCACCACUGGGGUCACUAAAGCGACGACGGUGGGUGGAGUAGACCGGCUGACAGACACCAGUAAGUACACCGGAACCCACAAGGAGCGCUUUGACGAGAGUGGCAAGGGAAAAGGUAUUGAAGGAAGGGAAGAGACCACUGACAACUCAGGCUACGUGAGUGGCUACAAAGGGGCUGGGACCUAUGACAAGAAAGGCCAGUAG